AUGGAGCAAAGUGAUGAUGAUUUUUCGGUCUCUGUUUUCUUGACCUGGUCGGUCAGCCAUUGUGGCAACACUCUUGCUCCUGCAUUGUACUUGUUUGGGGAUUCUUCCAUUGACAAUGGAAACAACAAUUUGCUGCCAACUUUAGCAAGAGCCAAUUUCUUCCCUUAUGGAAUCGAUUUCCCCCGAGGUUCCACCGGAAGGUUCACAAAUGGAAAAACUAUUGCCGAUUUUAUUGCUGAAUAUCUUGGAUUGCCAUAUCCUCCUCCAUACAUUAGUAUGGGAAGUUCAAGAUCCUUAACUGGAAUCAAUUAUGCAUCUGCUUCUUGUGGAAUUCUGCCAGAGACUGGAGCCAAUUUUGGAAGAUGUCUGAAUUUGAGGGAUCAAGUGAAUUUAUUUGAAAACACAGUUGAGAAGGAUUUGCAGAAAUGAUAAAUAACUCAACUGAAUUAUGUGAACAUUUAUCAAAAAUCUAUAUAUGUAUUCAUUCAUAGGAACCAAUGACUACCUCAGUAAGUACCUUGGAACAGACAAAACUUACCAAUCUAUAUCCUUCGCUGAUCUCCUCAUUGCAACAUUAUCUGACCAAUUUAAGAGAAUAUACAACUUGGGAGGCAGGAACAUAGUGAUAUCUGAAAUUAGACCUGUGGGGUGCAUCCCAAGAAUCCUAAAGGGGACAAAUCCAUGUGUUUGAGGAAUGAAAUCAAAUUGGUGACCCUCUUCAAUCAGAGGGCUUCCACCACUGCUCAAAACACUCACUUCCACUCUUCAGCCUCCACCUUUCUUCUUAUUCGUUCCAAUUCCAUGGAAUAUGAGCAAUCAAAAAAUCCAU